AUGGCCAAGCGUGAGUCUGGAAGCUGCAUGAUAAACAUUGUGAACCUGGCAGCCUACCUCGUGAACUUGGGCAUCACGUACGGAUCCUUGACCGGCGCUUUUGGCCCGACAAACACCAAUCUCAGCGCCAAGUACCACACCCUCAUCACGCCGUCAGGAUUUGCUUUCUCCAUUUGGGGUAUCAUCUUCAUUUGGGAGGGCAUCUUCACUGUCGCCCAGCUUUUUCCAUCCUAUCGCAGCAGCAAGGUGGUAACGACCAUCACUCCCUGGUGGCUGGCCGCAUGCCUUUUCCAGUGUGCCUGGACCCUGUUCUUUGCACAGGAGGUCAUGAUUGGGGCCAUGGCCUGCAUGUUGGGCAUCCUCAUCUCCCUCAUGGUGGGGAUUCUGCGCAUGGACUUCCUUGAAGAGAUGUCCACCUGGGAGUACUGGCUGCUCCGGGCACCCUUCUCGGUCCACACCGGCUGGAUCGUGGCCGCUACUUCGCUGAACAUCUGCGUGGUGGCCGACUUCUACAGAGGCCCCCCGGAAGUGAUGCUGGCCCUGGCCAUGGUGUGCUUCGCUGGCAUCUCUGCCAUCGUCACUGUCUUCACUUUCGCCAGCCCGAAGGCAGAUCCCAUCGUCGCCCUGGUGGCCUGUUGGGCCUUGCUGGGGAUGGUCGCAGAGUUGGCGAGUGCGGAGAAGUUGCGGGACGCCUCUGUGCGAUGGAACUUCUUUGACUGGCCGCAGUACGUGAUCAGUGGCGUACGCAUCGCUGCUUUCCUGCUCAGCCUCCUGUGCAUGGUGGCCGCCACGGUCGCCACAGCCCGGCGGGUUUGCUUUGCCCCAAAGCCAAAAGCUGAGCUGGAUCGCAGUCUUGAGUCAGGCGUGAUUCCAAGGUCUGGCACGGAGAUGUGA